GGCGAGCACCUCUUACGUUUACUUGGUGAAAAAAGUCACGUCAACGAUUCGGUUCUCUUACACUGUCUUGAUUUCAUUAAAUACAAAAUGGACGAAGUUUAUGACUGUAUUGUUUUAGGCACUGGAUUAAAAGAAUGCAUUUUGAGUGGAAUUAUUUCAAAAAGUGGAAGAAAGGUUCUCCAUAUGGAUAGAAACAACUAUUAUGGCGGUGAAAGUGCAUCUAUGACUCCUUUAGGAGAACUUUUUAAAUUAUGUGGAGAGACAUUAGAACCAGAAGACAAAUUUGGAAGAGGAAGAGACUGGAAUGUUGAUUUGAUUCCUAAAUUUAUAAUGGCAAAUGGUGAACUAACAAAACUUUUAAUUCACACUGAUGUUACAAGAUAUCUAGAGUUCAAACAGAUCGAAGGAAGCUAUGUAUACAAAAAAGGUGGGAACGUGUGCAAAGUUCCUGCAAAUGAUAAGGAAGCUCUAGCUUCAAGUUUAAUGGGAAUAUUCGAAAAAAGGCGAUUUAGAAACUUUUUGAUUUGGGCAAUGGCAUUUGAUUCUUCAGAUCCGACUACGUUUCAAGGAGUUGAUCCAGAGAAAACAACUAUGCAGGAAGUUUUUAAAAAGUUUGGACUUGAUCAGAAUACUGCUGAUUUUACUGGACAUGCAAUUUGUUUGUUCACUAGUGAUGAUUACCUCAAUGAACCUUGCAAAGAUGCUAUUCAAAAGUUAAAGUUAUAUUACGACUCUUUGUCUAGCUAUGGUAAAUCACCAUAUUUGUAUCCCCUCUAUGGCCUAGGUGAACUUCCUCAGGGCUUUGCUCGGCUUAGUGCUGUCUAUGGUGGUACUUACAUGCUUGACAAACCAGUAGAUGAAGUUGUAUUUGAAAAUGGUAAAGUUGUUGGUGUAAGAUCUGGGAAUGAAGUUGCAAAAACUAAAAUGGUUAUUGCUGAUCCCUCCUACUUUCCUAACAAAGUUAAAAAAGUUUCACAAGUUGUGCGAGCAAUAUGCAUCUUAAAUCAUUCUAUUGCAAAAGCAAAUAAUUCUUCAUCAUUUCAAGUUAUCUUGCCUGCAAAUCAAGUUGAUCGAAAAAAUGAUAUUUAUGUUGGUGUCUUGUCAAAUCAAAAUCAAGUAGCUGCAAAAGACUAUUAUCUUGGUUUUGUGAGUACCACAGUAGAAACAAACAAUCCUAAAGAUGAACUGAAACCUGGGUUAGAUUUGCUGCAACCAAUUAUUAAAAAAUUUGAAACUGUAAAGGACGUAUUUUAUCCUAUCGAUGAUGGAAAAGAAUCACAGGUUUUUAUUUCAAAGUCAUAUGAUGCAACUUCUCAUCUCGAAACAACUUGUGACGACAUCAAAGACAUAUAUGAAAGAAUAUUUGGAGAGAAGUUUGAUUUUGACAAGGUGAAGAGUGACCUCUCCGAGAAUCAAUCGUAGAGAAAUGUCGUAAUAAUUCUAAAUCGUUUCAUUUAUUGAAAGAAAUUUUCAAAAUGUGUUUUGUAUUUAAAACUUGCUUUUAAAAUUUGCAUUAUUUUUCUGUCCUAGUUUUUUUUUUUUUCUUUUUUUUUUUUUUCUUUUUCAAUAAUUUAAUGCUUUUUUCUGAUUGUUUUUCUUGCUAGGCGUUGCGUUGGCGUUUUCAUAGAUUGUGUUUUAUUUUUUAUUUUAUUGAUGUAAUUUUAUGUAAAGAUGUCGUACAAUUUAAUGUAUUUUUAUGUAAAGAUAUCGUGCAAUUUAACGUAUUUGAUCAAUGAAAUUGA